GGAGUUAUGUACAACUCAGACCACAAGACGACGUGAGUGGGUCAUGGCCUGGCUUAGGUUAGGACCAGACCCAGGAAAGUCCCUGGGCCUUUAUCCGCAGAGAUGCGGGCUCGGAAACGAGUGAGCUUCGAGCGUGAUUCCGAUUCACACUUGUGUGAACGGGCUGAGACGCGUGUGGAGCCCUUAUGGAUUCACUACCGAAGUGGUCUUGGCCAAUUUCACAGUUAUUCACGUGGCCCAACUGGGCUAACUGAACGGGGAUUACGAUCUUGUGGUCACGCCCUUUUGUUUUGGAUCUUGGCAUUAAAAGUAGGGCUGCAAAGAGCCGAGCGGACUCGGCCAAUUGCACAGUUAUUCACGUGGCCCAACUGGGCUAACUGAAUGGGGAUUACGAUCUUGUGGUCACGCCUUUUUUUUGGAUCUUGGGAUUAAAAGUAGGGCUACAAAGAGCCGAGCUUUUAAUUGUCCGAGUUGGGCUUGUUCAAAACCAGCUGAGUUCGAGCUCGAUUUGAGCUUUCUUCUUUCUUUGGUCAAAUAGGUGAAAAGAGCCGAGCUUUAAACUGUCCGAGUUGGGCUCAUUCAAAACUAGUCGAGUUGGGCUCGUUCAAAACUAGUUCGAUUUGAGUUCUCCUUUUGAACUAAAUAAACUAGUUUUUCUUUGGUCCGAAAGGUGAUGAACUAAAUAAAAUAAAACCGAAUGGCCGGGUAAGAGCUGUCCUGGCGAAAAUGUCUGCCCAUUUGUUCGCCUCUCAAAAAUCACGGUUGAACGACACCAUUGUAAUACAUCAGGUACCUGCAGUCAUAGAUCAAAUUGCUCGAAGGAUGGGAGCCUGUGUUAAAAUGAUCCUGUAGCAACAAACUUUGCAUCUACACUGAUUUGAACACUUUGCCAAUUAUGAUCUUUGGCCAACUUGAGGCCAAUUAUGAUCUUCGGUUCGAGCUCUAUGGUUUAAUAAAUGAGCUCUUAUAACUUGAGGUCGAACUCAGCUCGUUAAUUACUGAGCCGUGCUCCAUGCUGCUCGCUAACAGCUCGGUUUGUUUGCAGCCCUACAUUAAAGCAGUUUGGAUCUGCUUAAUUGUUGUCUUUGUGUUUCAGAGUUGUGUGAAAAAGGGAAGAAGGAAAGAGAGAGGAGGAGAAAAUGUUAGGAAGAUUUUCUGCAUUUGUGAAAAAGACGUUCUACCAGUGGACCUUUAUUACUAAUGGAGCUAGCAUUCUUGUUACGAGGUGUUGGUGCAGAAGUUGUUUGGAUUACUAACCAGAAACCAACAGAACCAGAUGAUGUGGUUUACAAUUUGGAGCAUAAGAUGUUGGACCGAGGUGUACAGGUCAUCUCUGCAAAGGGUCAAAAAGCUAUAGAUACAUCUCUUAAAGCUGAUUUGGUCAUUUUAAAUACUGCUGUUGCUGGGAAAUGGCUGGAUGCGGUUCUGAAGGACAAUGUACCUCGUGUCCUUCCCAAGGUUUUAUGGUGGAUUCAUGAAAUGCGAGGGCAUUACUUUAAAGCGGAGUAUGUUAAGCACCUCCCUUUUGUUGCAGGUGCCAUGAUUGACUCACACACCACUGCAGAAUAUUGGAAGAACCGGACUUGGGAGCGUUUAGGGAUUAAAAUGCCUGAGACCUAUGUUGUGCACCUUGGAAAUAGCCAAGAACUAAUGGAAGUAGCUGAAGCCAGCGUGGCAAAACGUGUUCUUCGUGAGCAUGUCCGGGAAUUCCUUGGAGUGCGAAAUGAAGAUCUGCUCUUUGCAAUCAUCAAUAGUGUUUCCCGUGGGAAAGGUCAGGAUUUAUUUCUCCGAUCCUUCCAUGAAAGCUUACAGCUAAUCCAAGAGAAGAAGCUACAAGUGCCAUCAAUGCAUGCAAUAGUGGUGGGAAGUGACAUGAAUGCUCAAACCAAGUUUGAAACAGAACUGCGUAACUUUGUGGAAGAGAAGAAAAUUCAAGAUCGUGUUCACUUUGUCAACAAAACCCUAAAUGUAGCUCCUUAUCUGGCUUCAAUUGAUGUCCUUGUCCAGAACUCCCAGGCUCGGGGAGAGUGCUUUGGGAGGAUAACCAUUGAAGCUAUGGCCUUUCAACUGCCUGUAUUGGGUACAGCUGCUGGAGGCACAAUGGAAAUCGUGGUUAAUGGAACAACCGGGUGGUUACAUCCAGCCGGGAAAGAGGGUGUAACGCCACUAGCAGAAAAUAUCGUGAAAAUGGCCACCCAUGUUGAGAGGCGGCUGACCAUGGGAAAGAAGGGGUAUGAGAGGGUGAAAGAAAGGUUUGUGGAACACCACAUGUCGCAUAGAAUUGCAUUGGUUCUAAAAGAGGUUUUGCGCAAGUCAAACAGCAACUCUUAACCUUCCCUAACUUGCGGAUCACGUAUAUUAUGAUCAUUCGAUUCUACUUCUGCUUUGUUGGCAUGGAAGGAACAGCUAUCACGAUCUUCUGAUUCUACUUCUGCUUUGUUGGCAUGGAAGGAACUUCUAUCAGCGCUAGCGCUGGGGCUUGCAUCGAACUGAUUGUGUCAUGUGCAAUGUUUCAUCAAUGGUGGUUCAUUAGUAAUUCAUUCUUUUGAAAAUUUUGUCCAAUUUUUUCAACUCUUUAGUACAAUGUAUCCCAGAAUCUCUCUCUUGUUCUAAAAAUGAGUUGGUGAAAUAGCA